AUGAGCAACUCCAAUGACACCUUAGUGACAGAGUUCAUCUUGCUGGGCUUCCCAGAGCUGAGCCACCUUCAAGGACUGCUAUUUGGGUCAUUCCUGGUCAUCUAUGUGGUGACCAUCCUGGAGAACCUGGUCAUCGUGGUGAUUGUUCGAGCCAGCCGUCAACUACACACUCCCAUGUACUUCUUCCUUGCCAACUUGUCUGUGCUGGAAACUCUCUACACCUCAGUCACUGUCCCCAAGUUACUUGCUGGCCUCCUGGCACAGGAAAAGGCCAUCUCCUUCUCCGGAUGCCUCACGCAGGUGUUCCUCUUCCACUCGCUUGGCUCCUCUGAGUGCUUCCUCCUGGCCACCAUGGCCUGUGACCGGUACCUUGCCAUCUGCCGCCCACUGCACUAUCCAGCCAUCAUGGACUCAAGGCUCUGCCUGCUCCUGGCCCUCAGUGCCUGGCUCAGUGGCUUCCUGGCCUCCUUUGUGUCCCUAGCUCUCUCCUCCAAACUAAGGUUCUGUGGCCCCAAUGUCCUCAACCACUUCUUCUGUGAUAUCUCACCUCUGCUGCAGCUCUCCUGCUCUGACACGACCACCAUUGAAAUUCUGAAUUUUAUGGCUGCGCUGGCAGUGCUGGUGACCUCCCUACUGAUGACCACUGUCUCUUAUGCCCAUAUUCUGGCCACAGUACUGAGAAUUCCAGGAGGCAAGGGUCGCCAGAAGGCCUUCUCCACCUGUGCCUCCCACCUGGUGGUGGUGGCGAUCUUCUACACCACCACCAUCUUCAUGUAUGCACAGCCUCACGCUGUCAGCAACUUCGACCUUGGCAAGUUGGUGUCUGUGGUCUACUCAGUGGUGACACCUCUGCUCAACCCUAUCAUCUACUGCCUGAGAAACCGCGAGAUUAAGGAGGCCCUGGCCAAACUCCUCCAGGCCCUAGGAAACCCCUGA